AUACGCACAGCACGACUGUAGAACAUCGCCCGUCAUUCAACACGACCGUGCUCUUUGCUUGUAACGCGGUGCCCUUCCUCAGUCUUCUUCUCCCAAGCUCCAUCCUCUGCCCUCUCUGCCCCUCUCGCUCAGGUGCCGCUUCCGCUCAUACGAUGGCGCGCCCGAGCACUGGUCUGCUGCUGGCCACUCCGCUAAUUUGCCUUGCCCUCUGCGCCGUGAUCCCAUCCGUCCAUGGUCUCCGCCGGUUGUCAUCGGGUUGUGGCGGCUGUCCGUCGUCCUGCGACACGGCGCUGAAGGGCUGCGACUUCUACUUUUAUGGUCACGAGAACAACGUGCCGAAGAUCAAACUCAUCCGAAAGGGAGACAAUACCAUUUACGUCCGAUGCGGUCAUAUUCUGCACCGGGUUGGGUACGACACCCGCCCCGUGAAGGUCGUGAACUCUGCAAGCUGCGCGAUUCUCCAGGGGCGGACGUGGAACACGAAUGCGUGCCAGCAUCGGCUGUACGGCAAUGGCAGGCACCUUGCGUCUCGCGAGUUCAACGUGGGCAAUCCCAGCGACUUCCUGAACGCGUGCAUCAAGGUCCAGAUCAGCGCGGCGCAGUACGAGGACGGAGGAAACUUCAACAACGGUCACAAGAACCCUAGGGCCUGCAUCGUCGUGAAGACGGAGAGGUCCUUUGGGUAGCUGCAGCGGAUCGGCCGAAGAAAGGAGAAGAUCGGUAGCUAGGGUAAAUAACGACUGUUGCAAUCGUGUUUGUGUUCUUGUGAACAAGAGUGAUAUGUGUGUUUUCUUGUGUACAAAAGUGCACUUGCCUCCAUUGGUACUUCGGAUUUGAAUUGGGUGUACUUAUUUACAGACGAACACACACACGUAGCACCCCGCUCUAGGUGGAAGAUGGAAAAUUACGCAGAAUGGUGAAUUAUAAUAGCCGCUCCUUUCCUGUAGUCCUUGUAAGGUUGGGAUCUAUCGAGUACCGCAAACCAUGGGUUAUGAAGAUUUCGUAAUUUAUACAAUUAUGGGGAAAAAGGUGUAGAUUGAGGUCUGUAGAUACAAUGACAUUGUAUGAGUUUUCUUGGUAGCUUCACUUCCAUUUAAGUAGGAGAUACGGUUGGGGUGGGGGAGAGAGAGAGAGAGAGAGAGAGAGAGAGAGAGAGAGAGAGAGAGAGAGAGAGAGAGAGAGAGAGAGAGAGAGUACAGCUGCAGCAUGUUGACGCGAUGAGGCACGACUGUUUUGGGGUGUCAUUUUCCAUUUACAAGCUGAAAAUUUCCGUGAAAAGACUUCAGCUUCCCUGUUAUCGUAUGCGAUUUCUUCGGUAGCGAAAAGACCUCAGAAUUCAGGAGAUCCGUAGUUGUGAUGUAGGUAUUCUUAGCGUCCCGAGUACUUGCCUUUAGAUCUGACGGUCUGAAAUUCUCAUUAAGGGUUAGCUCUUUGGAUCUAGAACAAAGGUGUCCGCAAUCA